AAUACCCAUAUCGAACAAUGGUUUGGUAUUCUGCUGUAUUCGUGAUUUGCGUUAUUUUAAUAGCAACAAAAUUAUAUCACUUGCUGACAAAAGGAUGGUGUAGAAGUAAAGUAUGCCUUGUGGGAAAAACUGUUCUAGUUACAGGAUCUAACAGAGGUAUAGGCUUCGAAACGGCGUUGGAAUUCGCCAAAAGAGGCGCCAGAGUCAUCCUAGCAUGUAGAAAUUUGGAAUAUGCCGCAGAGGCCAAAGACAAAAUAAUCUCUCUCACGCAAAAUCGGAACAUAGUUUUGAAAGAAGUGAAUUUAUCUUCUUUGAAAUCGAUAAAAAAUCUAGCAGACGACAUCAACAAAACAGAAGAUAGAUUGGAUAUUUUGGUCAAUAACGCUGGAAUAGGCAUUAUAAAAAACAAAACCACCGAAGACGGUCUGCAGAUAUUGAUGCAAAUCAAUUAUUUUGCACCUGUGUUUUUGACAUUAAACCUAAUCGAUUUGUUAAAGAAAACAGGCUCCAGCAGGAUUGUAUUAGUUUCAUCGAUGCUCGCCAUUCUGGGCGAUUUAAAAAAUAAAAAUCUAAACGAAUACCCAGGAUCUAAUCUAAAAGCGUACAGCAAUAGUAAAUUAGCACUAAUCUUGUUCGGCAGGAAACUCGCCAAGCUCCUGCAAGGAUCCGGUGUUAGCGUUUACAGCUUACACCCAGGCGUUAUAAAAACGAACAUCUUCGAUAAAAUAUCCAAAGCGUACAGGACAGUUUUCGAUGUUUUCGUACUGUGUUAUUUUAAGACGCCCGAAGAAGGCGCCCAAACGACGCUGCACGCGUCUUUAGAGCCCGACUUGGAGGAAUAUUCCGGGGGAUUUUUCAAAGAAUGCGAAAGGACAUCGUUUUACAGAAAAGCGAGGGAUGACGGGCUGGUUGAUGAAGUGUGGCAAAAAACGAUGGAUGUAUUAAAAAUCGAGAAAAAAUUUGUGUAAAUUUGUAUUGUAUAUAGCAGGUAUAGAAAGACAUAUCACAUAAAUUAGUUAAAAGAAGGAA